UAGUAAUGAGAGUUGGGAAGUGUGGCUAGAGGUGCAGCGGCAGCGGCAGCGGCAGUGUGUUGCCAAUGAAGUAGGUGGCGGUGGUGUGGUGCUCUGCCUGGCUCCAUGGAUCACAGGUGUAGGAAGCGGGUCAGGGACGCCAAAAAGAAGGCUCGCCCAGAACUUUGUGUAGAAAAAGGAGUGUGGACGAAGCUGGACUACAAGAACAAGUUUGACUGCAGUGUAAAUAAAGUGAAAGACACAGCUGAGCGCAUCCAUGUUGACGAGGUGUCCGUUGAGGAGUUCAUUGAACGCUAUGAGAAGACCUACAAGCCUGUGGUGGUGCGAGGCAUCACUGAUACUUGGAAGGCCCAGUACAAGUGGACUCUGGAGAGACUUGCAAAGAAGUACAGAAACCAGAAGUUCAAAUGUGGAGAAGACAAUGAAGGCUUUAGUGUUAAGAUGAAAAUGAAGUAUUAUAUCCAAUAUAUGAAGGCAACUGAUGACGAUAGUCCUUUAUACAUUUUUGAUAGUAGUUUUGCUGAUCAUGUUCGACGAAAGAAGCUCUUAGAAGAUUAUGAAGUGCCCAAGUAUUUUCGUGAUGACUUGUUCAAGUAUGCUGGGGAAGAUAGGCGUCCUCCAUACAGAUGGUUUGUCAUGGGGCCAAGUCGCUCUGGCACCGGCAUCCACAUUGACCCUCUGGGAACAAGUGCAUGGAACUCUCUCGUCCGAGGUCACAAAAGAUGGUGUUUGUUUCCUACUGAUACUCCAAAGGACCUGAUUCGGGUGUCUAAUACUGAAGGAGGGAAGCAAGUGGGUGAGGCGGUCACGUGGUUCCACUUAGUGUAUCCUCGCACCCAACACCCCACGUGGCCCGAGAAGUACCGGCCGAUUGAGCUGAUCCAGAAUCCUGGAGAGACAGUGUUUGUGCCUGGCGGCUGGUGGCAUGUGGUUAUCAAUUUGGACGACACCAUUGCCAUCACUCAGAACUUCUGCUCAGUCACCAACUUCCCAAUAGUUUGGCACAAGACUGUACGAGGCCGUCCAAAGUUGUCCAAGAAGUGGCUUAGAGUACUGAAGGAGAAGAGACCAGAUCUUGCAACUGUAGCUGAAAAUACAGACACUACCAAGUGCUGUGGCAUGGCUUCAGACUCGUCCUCUGAUUCUUCUUCAUCGUCAUCUUCUUCAUCCUCUGAUGAAUCUUCCUCAACUGAAAGUACCUUAGAUAGUGGCCAGGAGAGUUUACCAGAGCACAAGAAGAAAAGGAGGAAGAAGCAUCAUUCUCCACAGCCUUCUUGAAAAAAGUCUCUUCUAGGUACUAUUGAAGGUAGUUUGUAGAUUGGAUUACCAUCAGGUGCAGUAAAUUAUAAAG